GAAGCGUGCCAGUUUGCCUCAAGUUUUCAUCCAUGAAAUACGUGCGAUAAUGCAUUAUUGGCAAAUUAUUUUAGUUGGUAGUUUUGUGGUGAUAUUUGUUAUUAUAUAUGCAGUUACAAUUUUUUUCUGGAGUAAAGACACGUGUCCGAUCGGAACAUUUCCAUGUUAUAAUAGCACCACUUGCGUACCCCAACGAAAUGUAUGCAAUUUUCACAAGGAUUGCACAGAAGGAGAUGACGAGGAUCCCGCAUUGUGCGCUAAUCUGAGUGGCAGUUUAAACAUGAUAUCACGGACCCUAAGCAAAAGUUCCGCCAAAAAGUUUGAUUAUCACAAUCUGUAUCCUCUUUGUAGUCUAACAGGUUUUCCGAAGGGUUGCCUAUGUAUACUACAGUUUCGGAUCGUUUGUAAGAAUAGGAAUUUAACCGAAAUUCCCAUUGGAAUAUCUGACAACGUCAGCCACUUAAUAUUGUCGAAUAACAGUAUAGGAGUGAUAAAUCCAGCUUCAAUUGCAAAUUACAACUUAAAGGUGUUGCAUUUGGAAGGAAAUACUUUACAAACAAUAGCACCUCAAGUCUUUGCUCAACAAACCAAUAUGGAACGGUUAUUUUUAAUGAAGAACAACUUGCAAGAGAUAAAGCGUGGGUCGUUCGAUGGUUUGAUAAACCUUUUAUGGAUCUUUUUGAAUCAUAAUCAUUUGACGUAUUUGGAAAUGGAUGCGUUUAAUGAUUUGAGAUCUUUAGAGUGGAUGGAUCUCUCUAACAACCACCUCUCUUUAGAGAAUGAAACUUUUCCACCACUUCCACAAUUAUUAGAGUUAUUUCUUAGUAACAACAAUGUUUCAAGGGUCCAAGGAAGAACAUUUUCACAGUUAACAAACCUGGAAUUACUUUGUUUGAAAAACAAUGUUAUAAGAUUCGUAAGCGUAAAUUCGUUUAUGAAACUUAAAAAUUUACGCGAGCUAAACCUUUACGGAAACUAUUUAACUCAACUUCCAAACAAACUGUUUGAUUCACUUUCAUCUCUUGGAAGUUUGUAUUUGGGGCAGAAUCCUUUGUACUACCUCCCUAGACAUUUAUUUUAUAAAAUGGAGAAUUUGCAAUCCCUCAAUUUGGACGGAAUAGAAAUUGAAAAUAUAGAUUUGUCUAUAUUUUCAACUACUCCAAACUUAAAGUCGGUUUACUUUAAGAAGUACUUCUAUUGCACGUUUGCUCCUCGAGUGAGAAGAUGUCGACCUUUAUCUGAUGGUAUCUCAUCUGUAGACCAACUAUUGGCGAAACCCAUUUUACGUUAUGCGAUAUGGAUAACGUGCUUCGUUACUUGUAUCGGUAAUGCAAUGGUAAUUUAUGAAAGGAUGACGUCUAGAGAUGAGAAUAAAGUCUUAAGCUUGGUAAUCAAAAAUUUAGCUGCUAGCGAUUUCAUUAUGGGCAUAUACAUGGUUAUUAUUGCCGGUUACGAUUUAAAAUUUCGUAAUAUUUAUAAUAAAGUGGCCCACGAAUGGAUCUCAUCGUGGCCAUGCACAUUUGCUGGAGUGCUAGCAAUGGUUUCCUCUGAAGUUUCUGUAUUGUUAUUGGUAUUUAUGUCAGUUGAAAGAUUUCUUAUAAUAGCUGUGCCGUUCGGUCGCUUUUCGUCUAUAGAUGUGAAAAAAUGUGCGUUAAUAUUAGGCUGCAUUUGGAUUUUAGGAGUUGGAUUGGCAAUUAUUCCAGUUUUGCAGUUCUAUUCGAGUACGAAGUUUUACGGAUUAAAUGCUUUAUGCCUUCCAUUGCAUACAACACAGGCCUACCACGUAGGAUGGGAGUACUCGGCUUUUAUAGUACUUGGAAUAAAUUUCGUCAGCUUAAUUACCAUCACUCUCGUUUACUGUAUUAUGUUUAUAAGUAUUUUAAGAACAAGAAGUGCAACAACUCUUCCCAGAAAGGAUUACGAAUUUGCCAUUCGCUUCUUUUUCAUUGUCUUUACGAACGGUUGUUGCUGGUUUCCUAGUGUGUUAGUCAACGUACUUCUUCUGCUAGGAAAAGAAAUAUCAGGUGAUCUACAUGCAUGGCUAGUUGUAUUUAUUCUACCCAUUAACUCGGCAAUAAAUCCCAUACUAUAUACCUUCACGACUCCAAAGUACAGAUUCAAUUCGAAGAAGGUGCUCGUCUUUUUUAAUAUGAUUUCACAAAGUCAAAGAAGUAGUUUAGAGAAAACUACUCAAGGGCAAACUGUUCCUUCAAGUGGCGGAGCAUUCUUGACCUCAUCUUCAAUAUGAGUUAGAAGUGUUCGUGAGAAAACGAAUGUAAUGUCAAUCCGCUGUUUGAUUUUUUUUGAAAACUCCGAUACGUUUUUAUUAUCCUUUUAAAGUAUCUUGCAGAAUGCAGUAUCCUGUGCUAUGUGUACCUGUGCAUGUAUUAUGUAUUUCAACGUUUAGGGAGGAACCACAAUUAUAUACAUAUGAUGUAUUCACAUCAUAUGAAUAAGCGUUAUGUGUCUAUAAAUCUUUUUUUUUGCUUGAAAAUUACAAGUCAUUCUGAAGUUCCCAACCUUGAGACAUAGUUUUGCAUUUUUAAACUUGUUUAGUCUCUUAACCUUGAUAUUUAAGACCAGGUGAAUCCUGUAUUGCUGAGUGAAAAAUUUAAAUUUACCUAUUCCUACCAACAACAAAGGCAAAACCUUAUGCGGAAUGGUAUUAAAAUAGAUUAAUAAGAAUAUGUAUGUGUUUGCUAAUUUUAAAAUUAUAUUUGUAUUGUAUGUAACUAUAUCGACAGUAUAACAGUA